UUUCAUAUUUCCAUAUGAAAAAUCUAGCAGUCAACUUUUUUUGUUUUGAAACUUUUUGUUUCUGCUCAACAGAUAUAUUUACAGCACAUUUGGGUAUUUUAAUCCAAUAGCCAUUUCACAAGAUGGACAAAAUUUCAAAUUUGGAAAAACAGAUAGCCUAUUUGCAGGAAGUUCUCCGUUGCAAAGAGGAAGAACUAAGAGCACUGCAAGCCAAUGAACAGCAUGCAUCAUUUUGCUCUCCUGACAAAUUGUCGAAGGAUGAUGUGGAGAGAUUUAGCAGGCAGAUAAUCAUUCCAGCCAUUGGAUGUAAAGGACAAAUGGCAUUGAAAACAUCAAGCAUCCUUAUAGUUGGUGUUGGUGGUUUGGGUUGCCCAGCAGCUCAGUACCUUGCAGGUUCGGGAGUGGGUCACAUUGGUUUGGUUGACUAUGAUGAGGUUGAGUGUAGUAAUUUACACCGUCAGCUUCUACAUACAGAGGAUUCCAUUGGUGUGCCUAAAGUUACCUCAGCUUCCAUAGCUUUGAAAAAGUUGAACAGCAGUUUGAGGAUUUCAGAAUACCAUACUCAACUCAACAGUUCAAACGCUUUGAAUAUUGUACAAAAGUAUGACAUCGUUAUUGAUGCUACAGACAACGUGGCAACUCGAUACCUCUUGAAUGAUGCAUGCGUCCUUUCUGGAAAGCCUCUUGUCUCAGGGUCAGCCCUUAGGCUUGAGGGUCAAUUAACUGUGUACAAUUAUAACAAGGGGCCUUGUUAUCGUUGCAUAUUUCCGAAGCCACCUCCACCUGAAACAGUAACCAACUGUGGAGAUGGUGGCGUGCUUGGAGCAGUCCCAGGAGUUGUAGGGGUACUGGAGGCAUUAGAAGCUAUUAAAAUUGUUUUGGGCUGUUCUGGCAUCCUAUCAGGGCAGCUUUUACUCUUUAGUGCAGAGUCAAGUGCCUUUCGUAAUGUCCGCUUAAGAACAAGAAAUGCAAGCUGUGAUGUGUGUGGAGAGAAUCCUAAGAUUUCUCAUCUCAUAGAUUAUGAACAAUUCUGUGGUGCAAAAGCCACAGACAAAGAUAGCAGUAUUUGUCUUUUAAGGGAAGAGCAGAGAAUCAAUGCGCCAGCAUUAUUUGAUUCAUUUGUUUCAAAAUGUGAAGGUCUGUUGAUUGAUGUCCGUAGUCCAGAAGAAUUUGAAAUGUGUGCUGUACCUCGUUCUCUUAACAUUCCCUUAAAGAAUAUUGAUGAGCCUGAUUCUGUUAGUCAGAUAAUAACCGCACUUCAGGACAAGCAAGCUGAACAGAAUCCCUUCCCAGUUUAUGUUGUUUGUAGAAGGGGGAAUGAUUCGCAGAAAGCUGUUCUCAUGCUAGAGAAAGUUUUGAAAGACCAAAAUGUUGCAGUACGAGAUCUUACAGGAGGACUGCAUGCCUGGGCGAGAAAAGUAGAUUCAGAUUUCCCCAUCUAUUAAUCAGAAAAAAAGGACGUUGUGAAUAUUGUUACUUUGUUCUGACAAAAUAAAUCAUGAUUUCUCACUA